CGCUGAGGAGGAGGGGGAGGAGGGAGCGCGGAGGGAGGUGUUUCUGUCAGUUCCGGCUGUUUGUUCGGGAAGUGGAUCCGCCGCUGCCGGAGCAGCCCGGAGGGAGCUGCGGUUUGCGAGGCCCGUAGUGACCCCGCCCGCCCGCGCGCGCCGCCCCCGCCCGCCAUGGCCCGGGACUACGACCACCUCUUCAAGCUGCUCAUCAUCGGCGACAGCGGUGUGGGCAAGAGCAGUUUGCUGCUGCGUUUUGCGGACAACACAUUCUCAGGCAGCUACAUCACCACGAUCGGGGUGGACUUCAAGAUCCGCACAGUGGAGAUCAACGGGGAGAAGGUGAAGCUGCAGAUCUGGGACACGGCCGGCCAGGAGCGCUUCCGCACCAUCACGUCCACGUACUACCGGGGCACCCACGGGGUCAUUGUGGUUUAUGACGUCACCAGCGCCGAGUCCUUUGUCAACGUAAAGCGGUGGCUUCAUGAAAUCAACCAGAACUGUGACGAUGUCUGCCGGAUAUUAGUGGGCAACAAGAACGAUGACCCUGAGCGGAAAGUGGUGGAGACGGAAGACGCCUACAAAUUUGCCGGGCAGAUGGGGAUCCAGUUGUUUGAGACGAGUGCCAAGGAGAAUGUCAAUGUGGAGGAGAUGUUCAACUGCAUCACAGAGCUGGUCCUGCGAGCCAAAAAAGAUAAUCUGGCCAAGCAGCAACAGCAGCAACAGAACGACGUGGUGAAGCUCACCAAGAACAGUAAACGGAAGAAGCGCUGCUGCUAAUGCCCGCCGAGACUGCGCUGCGGCCCUGCCCGCCCGAGGCCGUGCCUCGGGGCCAGCCUCAGUGUCCUGCCGUUAUUUAAAGAAUUCUCUCCAUGUUUUUGUACCGGGAGGCGCCAUCGGCACUUCCUCCCCUCCCUGAGUGCCAAGAAGGUGUUGGACGAGCCUGCCCUUUCCUACUGGUGCCCUCCCUGGCCGAGGCGCCUGGACCUGACAAGGACGCUGCCAGCUGAGCGGACUGGCUAACCAGGUUGUACAUAGUGUAAAUUGCUCUAACCAGCUGCACACCCGCGUCCUGCUCUGGCUUUUGCUUCCUGUAUGCCAACCUACUGCAACAGACCCUCCUGCCA